UGUAGCUGUACGUGUGUAUGGUUUGUGUGAAUGUAAAGUUCUAGAAACAUUUUGCUCCAGCAGGACCUCAUCAGGAUAAAAUAAAAUCAGUUAAAAAUUUACGAUAUUCAAGCCAUCGUCACCAAAAACUGCCAGCAGCAAAAAUGGUCGAUUACAGCAAGUGGAAAAACAUUGAGAUUUCCGACGAUGAAGACGAAACCCAUCCGAACAUCGACACACCGUCGCUGUUCCGUUGGCGCCACCAAGCCCGAGUUGAGCGAAUGGAGGAGCAAAAACGUGAACAGCAGAAACUAGAUGCCAAGAAGCGCGAAGCGGAGCAGAAAGCAAAGGAAUUAAAGGGAAAAUUGGACCAAAAACAAGGCAACAUGGACGAGCUGAAGAAAAGUUUGGAAGAGCUUGAGCGAGAGCAAAUUCGGGUUAAAAGCGAGGAGGAAGAGUUACGGAAGAAGGAAAAAGCGCAACCCUGGAAUGUGGACACGAUCAGCAAAGACGGAUUUCAGAAAACGGUCAUUAAUAAGAGUGCGAUUAACAAGCGGGAAGAGCUGUCCGAAGAUCAGAAGGAGCUCAACUUGAAGGAGUUCAUCAAGAAGUACGAAAAGAAAAUGAAAGAGUACGGUAUGAUGCGAAAGUACGAGGAUUCGAAAAAGUUUUUGCGCGACAAUCACUUCCUGGUGUGCGAGGAUACGGCAAACUAUCUCGUGAUCUGGUGCAUCGAGCUGGAGAUGGAGGAAAAGCACGGACUGAUGGCCCAUGUGGCACACCAGUGCAUUUGUAUGCAGUAUAUUCUGGAUAUUGGCAAGCAGCUGGAUAUCGAUCCACGAGCUUGUUUGGAAUCGUUCUUCCAGCGAAUUCAGGUAGCAGAAGCUGAGUAUAAGAACCAGUUCUUAGGGGAGAUAGAGGCAUUUAAAGAACGCAUUCGAAAGCGAGCCCAGGAGAAAAUUCAAAAGGCCCUCGAAGAACAGGAGGAGGAAGAGCGCAAGGCCCGGCUAGGCCCUGGUGGUCUAGAUCCGGUCGAAGUCUUCGAAUCGCUACCAAAGGAACUGCAAACGUGCUUUGAAACUCGCGAUAUCCCGAUGCUGCAGGAAGUGAUGUCCAAACUGCCCGAGGAGGAAGCUCGGUACCAUCUGAAGCGCUGCAUAGAUUCCGGCAUGUGGGUUCCGGAUGGCAACAAAGGUGUACUGGAUGUACCGCCGGAGGACAGCAACGAUGGGGAAGUUGAAGAACCAGUAUAUGGAGAAGUGCCUGACGGCGAACAACCCGCGGAAAAGAAUUGAAUGGUUUUCCUUUUGUAUAAAUGUCACACCACAUACGUUUGCAUUAAAAUGCAAAUUUAACAGUAUCUGAAUUUAUAACCGUCUUAGCUCAUGUCUGCGAAACGUGCAAAUUCUUCCUUUGCAAUUUUGUAUUUUGUUUUUCGAAUAUAUAAUAAACAUUUAUCUUGUAUUCUAUUCAGAUGAAUAU